AUCUCCCUGCAGUUUUCCAGUUUCCCCAAGCAGCGACGACUGCCGGUGGCUACGAGGCCCUGCAUAAAAUGGCAAAAAUGUAUCGCCAUUAUCACCAAAGACAUUUUAAAUAAGCAACACCAUGGACUUCAUAGUGGGAGGCUUGGCUGGUGUAGGAGCAGGAUUCUUUAGUAACCCCUUUGAUGUGGUCAAGACUCGCAUGCAACUACAGGGAGAACUACAAGCCAAAGGCCAGCAUGCCGUACACUAUAGAAACAUACCCCAUGCAAUGUAUACCAUAAUUAAACAUGAUGGUCUAUCAGCAUUGCAGAAGGGACUUGUCCCAGCAUUGUGGUUCCAGUGGGUUGUAAAUGGUGUUAGACUAGGUAUAUACCAACAAGCUGAUAAUUACGGUCUACUACGAGAUAAAAAUGGACAUACCCAGUUUUCUAACAGCUUAUUUUUUGGGGCGUUCGCCGGAGCGGUGGGAGCCCUAUUCGGUAGUCCUCUACAACUCAUAAAGACGCAAUUGAUGUCCUACUCUAAUGAAAAAAUAGCUGUAGGCACGCAGCAUAAGCACAAAGGCCUUAGGUACGCUGCGACAAAGAUAUAUCGGAAAAAUGGAUUGCCUGGUUUGUGGCGAGGUGCACACGGGAUGAUGAUCAGAAACUCAAUUGGGUCCGCCUCGCAAAUUGCCGCCUUUGCUAUGUGUAAAGAAUGGAUAGAGGCAAACCAACUAUUCCAACAGUCGAAAUACAUGUCGUCGUUUGUGGCCAGCAAUAUCGGGGCCAUAAUCAAGACAGUGGCUCUCACGCCUAUGGAUGUUAUCAUGACGCGGCUAUAUAAUCAAGCCGUGGACGCGGAGGGGCGAGGCCUGCUUUACUCAGGCAUAGUAGACUGUGCACGUAAAAUCACUAAAACAGAAGGACUGGUGGCGCUCUACAAGGGCAUAGGCCCUUCUUACUUUCGCCAGGCGCCACACUCGGUGCUUCUACUUGUGUUCUGGGACAUGCUCAAAGAUGUACAAAAACAUUUUGAAACAAAGUGACGAAUACAAUCGUUAGUACAGUGAGUACAGCAGUAAAAUGUAUGUUUAUUUUCUUCAGAAAAUAGCCUUAGAGGAAAAAUCUAAAAAAACUUAUAGACAUAUGUGAAUGUACGUCACUGUACCCAUCUUAGUACAACAUACAAAUUUAUAAUGGCGAGCGAGAAAGUGAUUAUUGGUGCCCUCUGACGUCGUAAUUUAUAUUUUAUUGUAUUAGAUAUUGUUGUCACCCUGUAAGUGUAUUACGAGCUACACACACUGAGCGCGGCACAAUACUUAGACAGCAAUGCCAACUAGAAGCGGUUCAUACAGUACGACGCUUGGUGUGUUAGCUAGUUACCCUUAAAGUAAAAAUCAGUCUAUACCGUAAUAAUAAUAGCGACCACGUAUAAUAUUUUAAAAAAAAUGUUACUUCUUUGCGAAAUUGGUAUAGCAAAAUCAUCAAAUAUAGGAUAGUCGUAUUUGACUAUUGACACUAAACUCAUUGUGACACUGAUAUGUGACAUCUAAUUAAUCAAUAGUAAUGAAAAAAAGUAUUGAUCUGAUAUACAGGUGGCGCCAUCCAUACUUUGCCACGAGAUUUACUGACUUAUUGCAUGUUUCAUAUUGAUACUGAGCCAAAUACUAGAAUAUUAAUACUGCUUUAAUGGUAUAAUGAUUUAUUUGUAAGUGUGAUUAAAGAGUCGGGGCAAAUUAUAUAUGAAAUAUUCCUACUAAUCGAUAUUCAUAGAGGACACUUUUAUCUCUAUUUUUAAUUCAAUAUUAUCUAAAAAUAGAGAAAGUGUCCUCCGUGAAAAAUCUUGGGACAUUCGAUUUUUAAAUUACUUUAUUUUAUAUAAACGCUCUAUUCCUGUCCCGACGUUCUGCAAACGUCAAAGCUAAACAAGGCGUAUAGUUUAGAAACACAUACAAAAGCAACCUCUUAGGGUUUCUAAAGCUGCUUUUGGUGCUGAUAUCCAAUAAAGUAUUCACAUUUAAAUAUAUUUUCAAGUAUAUGAUGCCCUAUGACCGGGUUUGCCCCGUUUUCUUUGUUUUAGAAUAAUUGAUAAACAAGUGCAUUAAGGUGCUUUACCACUGGCGAGGCGAUAUGGGGAUGGAAAUUUGUAAGAAAUUUGCAAAAUUUAAAUUCUCUCCUAGCGCGUCUUCGGUGGAGAAGGUCUGGAUUGACGACGAUGUGCGAAGCGAGAAUUGAAAUAUUUGUUAAUGCAAUAUUGAAUCAUAUUGCUGUCUUCAUAGAAUAUUUAUUAACCCUGCAACGGAAACACGAUUUCUCGCGCGAUCUUGUUAUUUAUAUCAAUAAAUAGGUCGGCUAUCAAUGUCAAUCGCUACAUUGUGAGGUAAGUACGAUUUAAAAUAAAAAAAAAGAUGGCUUCAUCUGAUUCUUCUUCCGUUAAAAUAUUAAAUAAUCCGCGAGUUUGUUGCUAGACGAACUGACCAGCACUGAAUCUUCACUAUCCACAAUUACAGCAAGAGCUCGCCAGAGCUCGCAGCGGCUAUUAAUAUCAUUCGCGAGCUCACGAUAGCUAUUAAUGACAAUUUUUGUUCGAAAUGGGCCGGCGAGAUUUCAAUACUCGUCUCACCUCGCCCGGUGGAAAAGCACCCUUAGAACCAAAGAUGAUGUCCUGAUAAAUAUUUUUAAGUAGGUAAAAUUUAGAAUUGCGCAUAGUGUGACAAAAGAUACGGCAAAAUUAUAUUUUGUCUCGGCCUUAAAUGAAUGUAUUCAGACUUUACAAAACCAACCGACCGUAUCUAGGGGUCUACUUCCGUUCGCCGGCGGAAAAAAAUACUGUGAAAUUAGUAGAGAUGAAACGGAUAUCCGGUAAAUAUUCGGUAUCCGGCCUAUUUUCACUAUCCGGGCGGAUACCGGAUAAUAGAACAAAAUUCGGCCGGAUACCGAAUGAUUAAAACAGAAAAAAUCAUAAUCAGUAGGUAUGUGAAAUAAAUUGAUUUAUUGAUAAUUUACAGAUGAUAGUAAUAGGGAUAAACAUCAACUACAAGAUCGUUGACAAUUUGUUUGUUACUUGUAAAAGAACUAUGAAGUUAGAUAACGUUAUCUGUAAAUUUAAUACUAUUCCAAUAAAGGCAAAUUAUGAUAAUUAUGAAGACCAAUUUUUGUGCAUUAAGUGGUAAAAGUUGGUUCUAUUUAUUUUCAUAAACGAGACCAGCUUCAAAGGACAGUUUUUCACUACAAACUCUUGCAAACUUUGUUAGUGCUACUUGUUAUUGCCAGAUGACCAAAUAAAAGGAUCGCGAGCACGAUCGAUUUGAAUUGUCUUCAAAUACAAUGUGUACCUACAAUAAU